AUGUCUGAUAUCAGUGACGCAGUAUUUUUGGGCAUUCUCAUUUUUCUGUCAGUCGUUAUUCUUGUUGCCAAUACUUUUACUGUAUUUGUUUUCUGGAUUCAUCGCAACAAACUGAAGCGAACAUUCCUUCUGCUCAUUAACUUGACUGUUGCCGACCUUCUUGUUGGGUUCACUGAAAUACAAGUGGCAGGAUUGGCAGUUAGUCUUCUGCAACUAAGCAAAACCAAUCACAUGGGAUAUCAGAGUUUAUCAGCAUCCUUCCACGCCUUUUCAUCAGCAUCUGUGUUCUUUCUUGUACUUAUUUCACUGGAACGGGCCUUCGCUUUGAUUUGGCCUCUUCGACAUCGUGCAACAAGCGCUAAGGUUUACAUGUACAGUGUGGCUAUCGCUUGGUUCGCUGGAAUAGCUAUGGGUGUAUUUAAUUUUCUGUCCACGUUUGAGAUUCUCGAUUUUGUGUAUUAUGCAGUUGGAUUGUCAGUUGUCAUAAAUUUCUGCUUGGUUACGAUCUGUGUGUCGUACUUAGCGAUCCGGAAAACUAUUCAGAACAGAAACCAAGCUGUUGAAUUUGCAAAUAACAGGAAAAAUUUUGAACAAAAGAGGAGACUGUCCAAGACGUUAUUCUCCGUGAUAGGUGUGUCUAUUGCGUUUUGGGCUCCGAGUGUUACAAUUUACACUCUAGGUAAACUGUGUGUAAUCGUUUAUCCUGACUUUGUGAAUUAUAUCAUCACCAUGUUACAUCUAAGUAAUUCUCUCGCAAACCCAAUAAUUUAUAGUUUGAGAAUGCCAAUAUUCAUGAAA